AAUAUUAAAAAAUCAAUCUUUGGUGUCGUCUUCUCAUCUGAAAUUCACAAUUUUUAAUAAUUUUUUGGAAGAGGGGUGAGAGAAAGUGAGAAUCUACUGUUCUCAUUCUCUGUAGAGAGAGAGAGAGAGAGAGAGAGAGAGAGAGAGAGAAGCAGAGGAAGACGAACCCUCCAACUCCAAGACAUGCGGACUGUUUCAUUGGGAUUAUCGGCAUCUUCAACUGCCAUUAACUGCUCUGCUACUGCAACUGCAACGCCUUCUCUUCUCAACUCUUUCAAUCCCAACAAGCCAAAUCCUUACCCUUCUCCUCUUCCUAGGGUUUUUAACUCCACUCAUCAAAUCUCUUUCCUUUCUCUUUCCAAAUCAGUCUGCUUUGUGGAUGUAGGAGUGUGCAGAGCUAGUCAAGUGGUUGACUUGUUUCCAACAGUGUCCCCUGAGAUUGUUGUUCGGGAGGCAAGAUUAGAGGACUGUUGGGAAGUGGCUGAGACUCACUGCAGCUCCUUCUUCCCUGAGUAUGCAUUCCCAUUAGACUUUGUCCUAAGGAUUGACAGAAUUGUGGGAAUGCUGGCUGGAUUUUCGAUUCCAAAUGGUUGUAAGAGAACUUGUUUGGUUGCUGUAACCAGUAGCUCACUUGAUGAAACAUUCCUCUUAGGAACUCAAGACUUAAAGAUUGGAGGUUUUGAUGGGAAAAUUAGUCUUAAUAAAGGGUACGUGACUGGAAUCUUAACAGUGGAUACUGUGGCUGAUUUUCUCCCUAGGAAAGGACCUCUCAGGCAGAGAAGGACUGGCAUUGCAUACAUAUCAAAUGUUGCAGUCAGGGAAAAAUUUCGACGGAAAGGAAUAGCUAAACAGCUCGUAGCAAAGGCAGAAUCUCAUGCACAGAGAUGGGGUUGCCGAGCGAUUGCCUUGCACUGUGAUCUGAACAAUCCUGGAGCCACAAAACUGUACAAGAGUCAGGGUUUCAGAAGUAUCAAGGUGCCAGAUGGAGCAGCUUGGCCUCAGCCAAAGACCUCUCCCGAUGUCAAGUUUAAUUUCAUGAUGAAGCUUUUGAACAAUUCUACCACUGCUUAGAUUCUUUGAAGAACAUAGAAGAAAAAAAUUGAAAAGAUAAUGUGAAACCAAAAAACAAUAUGUAGGAUAUUUGAUAUUAGCUUGUAUAUAUUAUAAUCGGCUUCAACUUGCUUUGUCUGCAUAAUUUCGAUACUGAUGUGUUUUAUGUGACAUGAACAUUUUGUCAAACGCCAAAGUUGUAUAGUCAUAAUUUAUUUGAUUUAGCGUUAUAGUUG